AUGGCUAUCCCCCAGCCCAUACUCUCGAAACUUCAGGAAUUAGAACCAGAUGCCUCGUUUGAAGGAAAUUUACCCCGAGCUCGCUCAUCAUCUGGUUCAAUCUACUUCGCCAAAGUCGGCAUCCCCAGAGAGGAGGAGCAGUAUGCUGGUGAAGCAGAGUCUCUGAAGGCGAUCGGCAGCGCAGCGCCAUCCCUGGCUCCUCGUGUCUUUUGUUCUGGAGUCACGGAGUCUGGAACGCCGUAUUUCAUAUCCGAAUACAAAGACAUCAGUUCCUUGACAUCACGGGCAGCAUCAGUCCUCGCGAAAAGAAUGGCCACAGAACUUCACGCAAAAUCGAGUCCUACUGGGAAGUUUGGUUUUGCGAUACCGACGUACUGUGGAGUCACAAAACUCUCCAAUGGGUGGUUUGAUCGGUGGGAUGAGUGCUAUACUUCUAUGAUUGGAGAUUUGUUGGAUCAACUCCGAAGAAAAGGACACUUUGAGCACUUGUGUCGCAAGGCGGAGAGGGUCAAAAAUGAGGUAAUACCGAAGUUGCUAGGUCCUAUUGAUACUCAACCUGUAAUCCUUCACGGAGAUUUAUGGAGUGGGAAUGCUGGUGUCGACACUGCAACAGGUCAGCCAGUAAUCUUUGAUCCUGCUUCAUACUAUGGCCAUAACGAAGCCGAGUGA